AUUAAUCUUAAAUUAAAAAAAGGUAUAAAACCCAUGAAUUAUCGCUUGGCUUAAUUAUUCUAGUAAAAAUUUUAGCAUGAAAGAAACAAUUGUUUUAAUACUUUUAACCGCUUCCUUAGUUAUAGCCUUCCCAUUCGAUCAAGAAGGAAUAAUUAAGGAAGCUCCCACCGAUGAUGGUUGGUUCGUCCCACAACUCAAUGGAUCCAUGGAAUGGGUCACCAGAAAAGAAGCAGAAGAUUUUGAACGCAAAUUAUCAAUGGGCAGACUGUUCGGAAAAAAAUUAAAAGUUGAAUUUUACCUCUUCACUCAGGAUAAUCCUGAUGUUCCUCAGGAAAUUAUGACGGGAAAUGCACUGAGUUUAGCUGAAUCAAACUUUAAUAGCCAGAAUCCAACAAGAAUAAUUAUCCACGGAUGGCAAAACGACUACACUUCAGAUGUUAAUGUUGAAAUCCGUGAAGCAUUCUUGGACACAAUGGAAUGCAAUGUCAUAUCUGUGGACUGGAGUCAAAAGGCCAAGAACUUAAACUACAUGUCAUCCAAGCAACAUGUUCCGGAGGUUGGCAAACAAGUUGCCAAAAUGAUUGAUUUCCUCGCUUCUGAAGCCGACAUGUCACUUGAUGAUCUUCAUGUAAUCGGCCAUAGUUUGGGUGCUCAUGCAGCAGGAUUUACCGGAAAACGCGUGACUUCGGGACAAAUCCAUACAAUUAUCGGCUUGGAUCCCGCAUGGCCACUCUAUGUUCUUCACAGUUGUUCGCAACGUCUAUGCGAGACUGACGCCUUCUACGUUGAAUCAAUACACACCAAUGGAGGUGUAUUGGGAUUUUUGCAACCUGUUGGACAAGCGGAUUUCUAUGUUGGCGGAGGUGUUUUGCAACCAGGAUGUGGUGUGGAUGUUGGUGGUGUUUGUUCGCAUCUGAGGGCAUACCUCUACUAUGCCGAAUCGAUCAGGGAAAAUCUGUUUUCGAGCGUAAAGUGCUCCCAUUGGAGCUUAGCAGUUUCGAAUGUUUGUUUGGGAGAAAAGAUACCUUCUAUCAGAUUGGGAAGUCCUAAUAAUCAUGAACUUGCUCAUGGAUAUUACUUUACUCCAGUUAAUGCAAAUGCUCCUUAUGGAAUUGAAUAACCUAAAACUGAAUUUAUAAUAAAUGUGUAUUGGUCUCAAAUAACGUAAAGCUUGUGGUAAUUUGAGACGUAUUAAGAUUUA